AUGCUAACAAAACAAUCGAUUCAAUGGUUCGAUAUUCCUCUCGAAAUUCGAGAGAUGAUUAUGAAUGAAAUGAGCACAAAAGAGUUGGUGCAAUUUGGCGGAACUUGCACAAAAACCCAAAGCGAAAUUCGACAAGCCACCCAAUAUUUCGAUAGAUUAAGCUUCACUGAUUAUGGCGGUCUGCAGCGUUUCAAAUAUUCAAUCGAUAUCGAUGGAUUUUUUUGCAUUGUUGUUGAGAAAAUCGAUGAAAAUCACACCAAGAUUUUCGGUGAGGAAAAGAAGGAUUUGGAGGGGCAGAAAAGGGUGCUGUGGACAGAAGAACGCGACGAACCUGUCAACCAAAUAUGUCUUGAAAUCAUGAAAGAUUAUUUGGGGAGAAUUGGGAAACGAUUGAGACGAUUUGAAAUUCGAACAAAGGUAAGAGAUCAGCCAGAUUAAAAAAAUCAAUAUUUUUUUAACGAAUUUCAGAACAGUCGUGUCAGAUCAUUGCUUGUUUUGAAUCUCAAUUUACAAAAUUGCCAAAAUCUCGAAACUCUCCACAUCUCCAACACAAUGCGUCAAAUUGACCUGAUCGAAUCUGGAUUCAUCAACUUCGAAACAAUUAAAAAUAUCAAAGGUUGGCUUAAAAUACCCUACACAAGCCUAACUUUCGAUCAACUUAUUCAACUUCGCGCAAGAUCCAUCAAAAUCUAUUAUAAAGAUUCUUUGAACGAAAAUGAUGUGAGAAAUUUUGUGAAGUUAUGGAUAGAUGGAAAAAUCAACGCACGUUUGGAAUAUCUCACAAUUUGCGCGGCUUAUAGAAAGUCAGUGAUGACUCGAAAACUCGAAGUUAACUUGGAUGAUUUUUAUCACAAUCAGCGUGACGAAUUUGGAUUUUUGUUAUCAGAAAGACGCAUUCAAUCACGGGUUAAUCCCAAAUUAUUCCUCAAAAUCGCUGAGAAAACCGAUUUGAGGCUAUUUUUUGUGGUUGAAGAUGAUGAUGAAAAAGCAAAGAGAGAAUGGUGGAGACAUGUGAAUGAAGAUAUAAACAUUGAAGAAGAAGAAGGACAACUUGUAGAGCAGAAUGAAUAG